UGUUAGUUUACGAACUUUUCACCCCAACUGCAUGUUCCAUUCAAAUUGCAAUUGAGCUAUGCACGAGAAAUCAACGAAAAGACUGUUGGUUGAAAAAUAUAUAAUCGUUAUACUCAAUUAUUCAAAUAGUUAUCGCUAAUUGUAUGGAACAUUGAUAUCCCAGAACAUUCAUAGAACCAACUCAACUCAAUGUGAAAAAUUAAGGAGGCUUUUGUAUCUAUAUGACGUAGAGUUAUAUCAUGAAAAAAGUUCUUAUUGGAAAUGAUAUUUCAAAACGUAUUGAAAUUGGAAUUAGUGAAAGAAAUCAUUUCUAGGAAAGAUGGAAUAUUACAAGUUGUUCGUGCAAAAACUAGCUCAGGUCAAUUAAUGAGGCCGGUGCAGCAGUUGAGAUAGGAUGUCAAAACGAGGAAACAGAAAAAUUAUUCUAAAGAUGAGGGAGUGAAGAUAUGCAGCGAAUGCGUUCUUUAUUAACAACUUUUUUUCUUUUGUACGUGGCUGAAAUGGUCGAGACAAAAAGAAUAUUGAAAAGGCUUGUUUUUUGGUUCAGUUGAGUUUUGAUUAUCAUCUUUCACUUCAUUCUUUAUAUAGUCAUUUUGUAUGACAGAUACUUACUCUGUAUGACAGACACACACGAUAUUUUUUUUAUUAAAGACAAAAAAUAAGUGACACAGGCAACGCAAUAUGCAUCCACAAGAACCUUCGAUACCUAAUUUUGAUUACUAUUGUUAUUGUGGAACGCACAUAUUUCCUAUUAUUAAAUGUGGAGUUAUUACUUUGUAGUUGCCCUAAAAUAAGUGGAGGAUAAAUAUAUUACGUUGAAAUAAUAUCACAUUUUCAAGGAAACGAUGGUUGUCACUAUAAAAAGCGGAAAAGUUUUGGGGAAAAAAUUAACAACAGCUGAUUUGAAUGUUGACUUUUAUGCUUUCCAAGGAAUACCUUAUGCCCAACCUCCAUUAGGAAAUCUAAGAUUCAGGCCUCCGAUUCCUGUUGGUCAAUGGAGCGGCAUUCUGAACACAACCGAAGAUAAACCACAAUGUAUUCAGAAUUUAGGAGAUGGAUCUGAAGAUUGUUUAUUCAUCAACGUUUUCUCUCCAACGGUGUAUUCGUUAGAACGCUUGCCAGUUUUCGUUUGGUUUUUUGGUGGUUACUUCAUAUCUGGAGAUUCAACUCGUUCUAGUUACGGACCAGACUAUUUCUUGGAAGAAGGAGUAGUAGUUGUCACCUUCAACUAUCGCCUGGGAGUAUUCGGAUUUCUGAGUACUGAAGACGAUGUAGCUCCGGGAAAUUGGGCCUUGAAAGACCAAAUUUUAGCCCUGAAAUGGAUUCAGGAGAAUAUUGAAGUAUUCGGAGGAGACCCAAAUUCAGUCACUCUGGCCGGAGAAAGCGCUGGAAGUGUUUGUAUCUCAUAUUUGCUACAAUGUCCAUUGGCAAAAAAUCUUUUUCACAGAGCUGUGCUCCAGAGUGGAACUUCUCUGAAUUAUCUAGCGCUAUCCAGAAAUCCCAGGGAAAUAGCAUUCGAAAUAGGCAGACUCUUUGGAAUUUUCACAAACGAUUCGAAACACUUAGUAAAUGAGUUGAGAAAAAUAGAUGAAGGAAUGUUGCAAUCAUUUUCAUUUGCCAAAAACCUUUUGAAAACUUUAUGGGAUAAUCCAAGAAAUGGAAUAUCUUUUUCUCCUAACAUUGAGCCUGCUAGUGACACUGCGGUAAUCACUAAUAAAAGUUAUGGACUCUGGAAGGACGGGGAAUUCAUGAAAGUUCCCUUAAUGAUUGGUUUCAAUUCACAGGAAUCAGUGACAGUUCUAUGGGUUAUUGGAGCGGCAAGGGGUUUCCUUGAGGUGUAUGAUAUUUCUCCGGAACUUCUUAUUCCAGUUGAUUUCAAUUUGAAGACAUCUGAUUUCUUCAAGAGAAUUGCCGUAGCUACUGAAAUUAGAUUACACUAUUUUGGAAUAGUUCCAUUGACCUUAGAUAUUAAUCAUUUACUACAGUUUAUCACCGAUGACCAAUUCGUUAGAGGGAUAACAGAAACGGUACGACUCGCAUCAAAUUUUACAACCGUUUAUUUCUACAGAUUUUCUUAUGUGGGAGACUUAGGCCUGUAUCCAUCCCAGAAAAGAGUGCAUGAAGGUGUAGGACAUACGGAAGAACUNGGCUUGAUAAGCAUACGGGUGGGAUCCUACUCCAGAAAGUGA